UUCCCAAUGGAAAACCAAAUCAUAGCAAUAUCCUUACUCCUCAUACUCACCUUGCUAACAUUACACAUCCUAAAAAAAUUAUUCCCACAAAAAAAACUAAACCCACCGCCCGGCCCGAAACCAUGGCCCGUGAUAGGCAAUCUCAACCUAAUCGGGCCGCUCCCACACCGCUCCAUCCACCAACUCUCCCUACAAUACGGCCCGGUAAUGCUCCUCAAAUUCGGCUCCUUUCCGGUCGUCGUUGGCUCCUCAGUCGAUGCAGCCAAGAUCUUCCUCAAAACAAUGGACCUCACCUUCGCCUCGCGCCCCAAAACCUCCGCCGGAAAAUACCUCACCUACAACUACUCCGACAUCACGUGGUCCGACUACGGCCCGCACUGGCGGCAGGCCCGAAAAAUGUGCUUGAUGGAGCUCUUCAGCGCGCGGCGGAUCGACUCAUACGAGUACAUUCGGGCCGAAGAAACGGGCUCUCUCGUGAAGGAGAUUUUCGGGCUUUCGGGCCGGGCUUUUUUGGUUAAGGAUAGCUUGUCGACUCUGAGCUUGAACGUGAUCAGCAGGAUGGUUUUGGGGCGGCGCUAUAUGGACGGCAGGGAGAGCGCCGCCGUCUCGCCGGAGGAGUUCAAGAAGAUGUUGGAUGAGCUUUUCUUUCUUGGUGGGGUGUUUAAUAUUGGUGAUAUGAUUCCGUAUAUCAAUUUCUUGGAUUUGCAAGGGUAUGUGAAGAGGAUGAAGGUGUUGAGCGAGAAAUUCGACCGGUUUUUGGAGCGCGUGCUCAACGAGCACGAGGUGAGGAGGCAGGAUGCGACGGAUCACCCGAGCCGGGAUAUGGUCGACGUGCUUCUCGAGUUCGCUGAGGAUCCGACGUUGGAGGUGAAGCUUGAGAGACACAUGGUCAAAGCGUUUACUCAGGAUAUGUUGGCCGGUGGGACUGAGAGUUCAGCUGUGACUGUGGAAUGGGCAAUGUCGGAAUUGCUAAAAAAACAUGAGUUUUUUAAGAAGGCGACUGAGGAGCUCGAUCGAGUCAUAGGUCAAAAUAGGUGGGUGACGGAGAAAGAUAUACCUAGCCUCCCUUAUGUGGAGGCCAUUGUCAAGGAAAUCAUGAGACUGCACCCGGUGGCACCAAUGUUGGUGCCCCGUCUAGCAAGGGAAGACUGUAAGGUGGGUGAGUAUGAUAUCAAGAAGGGGACCCAAGUGUUUGUUAAUACAUGGACAAUCCAUAGAGAUCCAUCCAUAUGGGAAAAUCCCAAUGAAUUUUAUCCGGAUAGAUUUCUUCGAAAGAAUAUUGAUGUUAAGGGACAAGAUUUCGAGCUUUUGCCAUUUGGAUCGGGCCGAAGAAUGUGCCCGGGCUAUGCACUAGGCCUAAAGGUGAUCCAAUCAAGCUUGGCGAAUCUAUUGCAUGGGUUCAAUUGGAGUUUGCCGGGUGACAUGAAGCCCGAAGAGUUGAACAUGGAGGAGACUUUCGGACUUUCUACGCCAAAAAAAUUCCCACUUAUUACUAUUGCUCAGCCUAGACUUCCACUUCACCUCUAUAAUUCCAUGUAAAUAUUUGCUUCGCAUUUCAGACUUAUUGCAAUGCAUGGUGCUAUAAGUUAUGUGUUAUAAUAAAAUGUUGCACUUAAUUUUAA